AUGAGCAUAGAGAACAAUUUGAGUAAGCUGUCAUUGUACGACGCCAAAAAGUAUUUCCGUCGGGCUCAAAAUGUGGUAUUUAACUAUACGGAAAUGGAAAGUAAAGUGAGAGAAGCGACGAACAACGAGCCGUGGGGAGCGUCGUCUACGUUGAUGGAACAGAUUUCACAGGGCACUUAUAAUUACCGGGAACGUGAAGAGAUCUUGGGGAUGGUUUUUAGACGGUUCACGGAGAAGACUUCCAGUGAAUGGCGACAAAUCUACAAAGGUUUGCAAUUACUAGAGUACCUGAUUAGACAUGGGUCUGAAAAAUUCAUCGACGAUACGCGCGCGAAUCUCUCAUUGAUUAAAAUGUUGGAAUCGUUCCACUACAUCGACUCUCAGGGCCGGGAUCAAGGAAUCAACGUGCGCAAUCGCGCCCAGGCCCUGGUGAAGCUUCUCGCCGACGACAGUGAGAUCCGUAAUCAGCGCAAAAAAGCUCGCGAAACGGCCAAAAAAUACAAAGGUGUUGCCGGUGGUGCGCCCUCUUCAUAUUUGCCCGCUUCUGCUAUCAACACGUAUGCGGGAUUCGGGCGUUCCGGUAUUCACGGUAUUUCCGUGAGCGCUGACUACGACAGCGAUGAGGAAGUUGAGACGCCUCAAGCUGGUGGAUUCCAUGACAAUGAGGCUACGGACAUGCAAGAGUUCGGUGCGAAAGACGACUCUGUGCCCACAGUGCAUUCUGCCGGCUUCGAGGGAAAUGACGAUGAUGACGACGAGUUUGCCGAUUUUCAGUCGGCUGUUCCGAUCACUGCCUCAACUGGGACUUCCGCUGGUCCUGGAACUAGCAACGGUACAAAUUUGCUAGCGGAUUUAUAUUCCGCUGGUCCUGUAGUAUCGUCGGCUCCAACUACGCAGUCUAGUUUUGCUAGUGGAGUCACGCCUGCUAUUCAGGCAAGCUCUCAAAGUCAGGCAGAUCCAUUCAGCUCCCUCUUCUCGAGUGCCAAAAGUCAACCUAGCUCUUAUUUGUCUACCAAGACGACUGUGACACCCACCAGCCAAAACAAAACCACCCAGAAAGAAACCGUUCCGAAACAUAACCCAGAAUCUGAUGAUGGUGAUGACGAUGAAUUCGGUGACUUGGCAGCAGCGCCCCAAUCUAAUUCAACUUCUCAUGCCCAGGAGCCUGACCUAUUGAGCUUCUAG